CCGGAUGAUGGGAUUCAAUCGUUUUCGUGCCGGAAAAAAAAGCGCUAGAUUCUUGGGGUUCGAUCUCCCCUUUUCGCUUGUGUUCUCCUCGAAUCAUCCAUGGCCGCCGCCAUGACGCUCGGCAGCAUUCGACCCGCGAUCUCUCCUCCUCGUCUCCCCUCUAUUUCUCCGUUGCCGUUGCCGGAGAAGAGCCGACGCGACGCCGGUCUCAGCCUCCGGCGGCACCGACGUGGCCCCGGGCGAUGGACGGCCAUGGUGCAGCAGCAGACUUUCCAGGGCCCCUCCGCUGCCUACGCCAGAGAGAUGGAGCGGCUCUCCGCCAAGGAAUCUCUGCUCCUCGCCUUCAAGGAUGCUGGGGGCUUCCAAUCAUUGAUCAGUGGACAGACAACAGAGCUGCAGCGGAUUGAUGUUAACGAGAGGAUUGUCAGUCUUGAGCGACUAAAUCCCACUGCCCGUCCCACAACAUCACCCUUUCUGGAAGGCCGGUGGAACUUCGAGUGGUUUAGUGCUGGUAGCCCUGCAUCAUUUGCUGCAAGAUUUCUGUUUCAGAGAUCACCUGCCACUUUAGCCAAUUUGUUGGGAAUGGAUAUGCUAUUAAAGGAUGGAUACUCAAAAAUCACAGCAAACCUUAGGUUUUUGAACUCUAUAGAAAGCAAGUUUCUCCUGACAACCAAAUUGUCAUUAGAGGGUCCUACCCGGAUGAAAGAAGAGUAUGUUGAGGGGACAUUGGAAACACCCACAGUUAGUCAAGAGGCUGUACCAGAACAGUUGAAGGGCGUUGUUGGACAAGCAACCACUGCUUUGCAGCAACUUCCUGCACCAAUUAAGGAUGCCUUUGCAAAUGGACUCAAAAUUUCACUAAGUGGUGCUUUUGAGAGAAUGUUCAUGAUUUCCUACUUGGAUGAAGAAAUAUUGAUAACGAGGGAUUCUGCUGGAGCUCCUGAUGUUCUUACAAGAUUGGAAGGGUCUCCAGCAUCAUCCGCGACAGACUCCAUGAUGUCAGAGUAUGAAAGUUAACCAUUGUCCCUGAGUUGGUAUGGAUCCACCAUCCUGCACCAGAAUUCCUCUACUGCACCCACCCCGAAUCCACAUACACACUAAUGCAAUACAUUUAUCAGGCCGAUCCACUGUAAACUCUCACAAGUGCUUUGUUCUCCUUGUCCUGCAAAUAUUAUUUGUUUGUCGAGACAUUACACGCACAGUGGAUAACAACCAUUUCAAAAACUC